AAUCGAUGCAUCACCUGACUCACCAGAAACACAGAGAGAGAGAGAGAGAGCGCGCGCAAACCCUCGACAGCCAUGGCCACCAACUUCAAAUCUAUUCCAAUCAUUGAUAUUAGCCCUCUUUUGGCCAAGUGGGAUGAUCCAAACAUGGCCGGAGACCAAGGCGUGGGGGAAGUGGUUCAGCAGCUAGACCAGGCUUGCAGAGAAGCUGGAUUCUUUUAUGUGAAGGGCCAUGGUAUCCCAGAUUCCAUUAUUAAAGAAGUUAGGAAUGUGACCCACAAAUUCUUCAGUCUACCUUAUGAGGAAAAACUAAAGAUUAAAAUAUCUCCCGCAGCUGGCUACAGAGGAUAUCAGCGGAUUGGUGAAAAUAUAACCAAAGGCACCCCUGACAUGCACGAAGCCAUUGAUUGCUACAGAGAAGUGGAACCAGGGAUGUUUGGUGCUCUGAGCAAACCUUUAGAAGCACCUAAUCAAUGGCCAAUCAAUCCUCCAAAUCUAAAACAACUAAUGGAGGAGUAUACUAGCAUAUGUACAGAUCUUUCAAGAAAAAUAAUGAGAGGAAUCGCUCUAGCAUUGGGUGCAGCAGCAGAUGCAUUUGAAGGUAAAAGAGCAGGAGAUCCAUUUUGGGUGUUGCGCAUAAUUGGUUACCCUAAAGUAUCCCAUGCAAAUGGCCAUGACAUGCCAAAAAAUGACAUAGGAUGUGGAGCUCACACUGACUACGGUUUGUUGACAUUAGUUAAUCAGGAUGAUGAUAUAACUGCACUUCAGGUGAGAAACAAAUCUGGUGAGUGGAUAUCAGCUCCUCCAAUCCCUGGCACAUUCGUUUGCAAUAUAGGUGACAUGCUAAAGAUCUUAUCAAACGGACUCUACGAGUCAACUUUGCAUCGAGUCAUCAACUCCUCUCCAAAAUAUCGCGUCUGUGUGGCCUACUUUUAUGAGACGAAUUUUGAUGCGGCAAUAGAACCCUUGGAUAUUUGUGUAAAGAGGACUGGAGGAACUAAGAAGUUUGAAAGAGCUGUUUAUGGAGAGCAUCUAGUUAGCAAAGUACAAACCAAUUUUGUGAAAGAGGAUGAAUUAAAUUCAUGAUCUUUCGGUGUUUUACAACGAACCAAAUAGUACAAUGUUCGCUUCCCAAUAGGAUUUGUCUGUUGCUGAGAUGUGAAAUCAGUUUGGUUGUAUAAAAUUAGGGAAAUGCUAUGGUGUCUACCCUUGCGUUGUCUCCGUUAUGCGUUUUUUGUUGUGCCUCUUGUGGUUUCGGUUAUGCCUCUUGCGGUUUUAUGUUAUUCCUUUGAUGAGAUUGAGUUACCAGAAUUCAGACCGAUUAUUUUUCUGCCAAAUUUGUAUAGUAAUUGUUUUCUUAACUCUUA